AUGCCUUUACCUUCCCAGGAUAAUUCCCCAAAGAUUUCUUUAACCAACUAUAGACCUUUAAAUUUACCAAAUAAUAAUGACUCCAUAGAUGAAUUCCAACCUAAAAAGUCAAAGUUUCAAAAACUGAUAGCAGUACUGAUAAAAUAUACAAAAUUCAUAGGACCAGGAUUGAUGGUAUCAGUGUCAUAUAUGGACCCAGGUAAUUACUCCACAGCAGUUGCAGCUGGUUCAUCUCACAAAUAUAAACUAUUAUUCUCCAUAUUAUUAUCAAAUAUUCUAGCUGCUUUCCUACAGAUCUUGUGUGCAAAAUUAGGUGCUGUUACUGGAUUAGAUUUAGCCCAAAAUUGUAGGAAUCAUUUACCAAAUAAAUUAAACAUAUUUGUUUAUAUCCUUGCUGAAAUUGCCAUCAUUGCUACAGAUCUAGCUGAAGUCAUUGGGACUGCCAUCUCAUUAAACAUUUUGUUUGGAUUACCUUUAUUAGCAGGUGUUAUUUUAACAAUAGUUGACGUUCUUAUUGUAUUGAUGGCUUAUAAACCUGGUGGUGGGAUGAAAAUUGUUCGAAUUUUCGAAAUGUUUGUUAGUGUAUUGGUUGUCUUGACUGUUAUUUGUUUCACUAUUGAAUUAAUUAAUGUGGAUUUCAAAUUUAGUGAAGUUAUGCAAGGUUUUUUACCAUCUGAGGAAAUUGUUAAAGGUGAUGGGUUAUACCUAAGUUUGGCCAUUUUAGGUGCCACUGUUAUGCCACAUUCUUUAUAUUUGGGCUCUGGUUUAGUCCAACCAAGAUUACGUGACUUUGAUAUCAACCAAGGAAAUUAUAAGCCUGAUGAUAAUGAUGAAAAUCAUUUGAAUUACAAACCUUCAUUAUCAGCGAUCAAUGAUAUUAUGCAUUACACAAUUACAGAAUUGAUGGUUUCUUUAUUUACAGUGGCUCUUUUCGUUAACUCAGCAAUUUUGAUUGUUUCAGGUUCAACUUUAUCAGGUGAAACAAAUACUGACUUGUUUUCAAUUUAUGAUUUAUUAUCAAAUAAUUUAAGUCAUUUUGCUGGGUUAAUAUUUGUGUUGGCAUUAUUAUUCUCGGGUCAAAGUGCUGGUAUUGUAUGUACAUUGGCUGGACAGAUGGUUUCUGAGGGUUUUUUGCAUUGGAGUGUUUCGCCUUCAAUUAGAAGAUUAUUAACAAGAUCAGUGGCUAUUGCACCUUGUUUGAUUUUGGUUUUGGUUGCCGGUAGAAAUGGGUUAUCAGGUGCUUUGAAUGCAUCUCAAGUUAUUUUAUCAUUAUUGUUACCUUUUGUGUCUGCUCCACUAAUUUAUUUCACUAGUUCAAAAAAAAUUAUGAAAGUUAGUCUGAAUAAUAAUUGUUAUACUGAUCAACAAGAUUCAAUUGCAAUGACAGAUAUGUCGAAUAGGGAUGAAAGUGAAGAUGGUCAUUUAGAAUUUUUCAAAGAUAUGAGUAAUUCCAAUAUCACAACUUUUUUCGCUAUACUCAUUUGGUUAUUCAUCACUGUGUUGAAUUUCUUUUUGAUUAUUUCCUUUGCUAUGGGGAAGGAUAUUGCAUUUUGA